UUUGGAUUGUGCCCAGAAACAGAGAGCUAGGCAAUGGAGCUAUUGUAACAAGGGAGUUGUAUGUACAGCCUUGCUUUUCUCCAUUAGACGUUGGGACAGCACUAAACAGGUGACCCUCCAUGAUGUAGUUUUACAUCUCCUAGUACCUCCUGGUGAUGGAUGAAUAAGAAACCCAAUAAAUACAAAAUAAUUGCGGUGAUAAGAGCAAGUGCAGGAGGUGACGCUCAAUCCCUAGCUCUCUGUGAGCGAGGAACCUACGUCCUGUUGCUUCCACACUCUUUGUUUCUCCUUCUCUACACAGAUUAACUUUCCCAUGGAGGUCAGGAAUCAGACCCAGGUGGAGGAGUUCAUCUUCCUGGGCUUCUCAGGUGUCCCACAUGGCCAGAUUUACCUCUUUGUCGUGUUCCUAGCAAUUUACUUGGUCACUGUUCUUGGAAAUACCACGAUAGUCACCCUGAUCCAGCUGGAUUCGCGCCUCCACAGCCCCAUGUACUUUUUCCUCAGCCAUUUAUCCUGCUUGGAUGUCUGCUACUCGUCCGUCACCGUCCCCAAGAUCCUGACCAACUUUCUGCGCCAGAGGCACACCAUUUCCUACAACCAGUGCAUGGCCCAGAUGUUCUUCCUGAUGACCUUUGCAGGCUCCGAGUGCGCCCUGCUGGCCGUCAUGGCCUACGACCGCUAUGCCGCCAUUUGCCAGCCUCUGCAUUACAGUAGCCUGAUGAGCAGCCAGGUGCGAAUCCCGCUGGCCAUUGCUUCUUGGAUCUGGGGCUUCCUGGACUCGGCCAUCCACACCACUCUGGCCACCCACUUGUCCUUCUGCGGGGCCAACCAGAUAGACCACAUCUUCUGCGAUGUCCCGCCUCUCCUGAAGAUUGCCUGCAGCGACACCUACGUCAACGAGAUCACGCUGCAUUUGGCCAGCAUCUUCAUGGGCCUGAGUCCCUUCUUGCUCAUCCUCCUCUCGUAUGUCUACAUCCUCUCCACCAUCUUGCAGAUCCGCUCGAAUACUGGCAGGCACAAAGCCUUCUCCACCUGCGCUGCUCACAUGAUCGUUGUCACCAUCUACUUUGGCAUGGCCAACGUGAACUACAACCGCCCCAGCGCAGGCUACUCCUUGGAGGUUGACACCCUGAUCUCCACACUCUACUGUAUCAUCACCCCUAUGCUAAACCCCCUCAUCUAUAGCCUCCGCAACAAGGAGGUGAAAGAAGCCCUGAAGAAGGUUCUGGGGGGUCAGAAGAACGAAUACUCUUCUACACAGAGGAAGUGAGAGGUGGACUUUGACCAGGGCAUCCCUGUUCUCCUCUGACCCCGUCAUUGCCCUUAGUGAGCUCAAGGAAAUCCUCCAAGACCACGGAGAAACCCACUUCCUGAAAUACAGAUUGAGUAACACAAGUUCUGAAGACUUGCUGACAUGCUGAUGGGCAAUUUUGCUUACGUCAUUAAGCACUUGUUCCCCCAAAUAUGCCACAUUUGGGCAUUACCACCACAAGUGCCUAUAGUUCCCAUAUUCAGAGAACUGCAGGCAGCUGGUGAGACCCGUCAAAACUCAUUAUUCCAACCAGAGACUUUAAACUGUAGAUUGCUGUAUUUAUUUACAUUGAAGGCUUCUUCAUGAACGAUUGGCUCUGUAGGAGCCAAUAUAUGCUAAUCUCCUUACAGGUUCUCCUGUUUUCAUAGGCUUGUUUCUUUUCACAGCUUGGGCCACAGCAGUGGUGACAGAGAAGCAGAAACAACCUUUGGGAGACCUAAGACCAGGAACUCAAAGGAGAAGGGCUUGUAGUGCGGCUGCCCCUGUUCUGUGGAACAGCGUUUCUGUCAAGAUAGGAGCCCACUAUCUGAGAACUGCCUACGAUUGAAGAAUGGAGAACGAAACUGAUGGAAUACGCAGAAUUGGACAAAUUAACAGGGAGGAUUCGAACCAGACGAGAUCAGAGAUUUACUGAG